CUACGUGACAUUGGCGGAAUCAACCGUGCUCACAAAUAAAAACCAUUAAAUUUAUCAAUUAAUAAAUCAAUCAUUCUAUUGGAUGUUUAGAAGCUGUUUUUGUUUUUUCUCAUAUAGUUAAAUUUAAUUCCUCUCGAUAAAAUGUUAGAAAACGUAAAACAAGUAAUAUUAGUACUGUCUGGGAAAGGAGGCGUAGGAAAAUCAACAGUCAGCACACAGUUAGCUUUAACUCUUAAAGAAAAAGGCUUUAAGGUUGGACUACUUGAUAUCGACUUAUGCGGUCCAAGCGUUCCUUAUCUUUUAAAUUUGGAAAAUCAAAAUAUUCAUCAAGGUCCUGAGGGUUGGGUUCCGGUGUAUUUAGACAAUGAACAAAAAUUAGGUGUUAUGUCCAUCGGCUUUCUUUUAAAAUCACGAAAUGACGCUGUUGUGUGGAGGGGGCCUAAAAAGACAUCUAUGAUUAAACAAUUUUUGGAAGACGUUUAUUGGCAAGAUUUGGAUUAUCUCAUAAUUGAUACUCCUCCAGGAACAUCAGAUGAACAUAUUACAGUAAUGGAAAACCUACGGCAGGUUCCCCAAUGUUCAGCAAUACUUGUAACAACACCCCAAGAAGUUGCUAUUGAGGAUGUUCGUAAAGAAAUAACAUUUUGCAGAAAAACUGGCAUACCUAUAAUGGGCAUUAUUGAAAAUAUGAGUGGAUACGAAUGUCCAAAAUGCAGUGAAUGCACGAACAUAUUUUCAACUGGUGGAGGGAAAUCCCUAGCAGAAAUAUCAAAGAUACAGUAUCUAGGGAGUAUACCUAUAGAUCCUAGAAUUGGAGCAUUGGCCGGUAAAGGUGUUUCAGCUAUUAAGGAGCUACCAGAAUGCACAACAAGCAAGGUUUUUAAUGAAUUAGCAAAUAAGUUAUCUGAAUCGACAACAAAUGCUUUAUAGUGUCAAUUCUAAGACAACUGUAUACUGAUUAUUUACUAAAUAAUUAUGAUGUUAAAAAUUGUUUCGUAUUAUACUGUUGUAUAUUCUUAAUGAAGAUUGAAAUAAAAUCUAUGAUUGUAUAUAUUGUAUAAAAAUAAAGACAGAAGUACAAAAUCA